GCAUUUAAAUAUCAAACCUUCCGAUUUCCAAUGGACUCCCAUCUUUCAUCUUCGUCUUCAUCUUCAUCUUCUACGGCUGCUACUUUUUCUGCUGAUUAGUCGAAAUUCUGGUAGCGGUAAUUCAAAUGGGAUCGGAAGUCGCCGGAAUAGUUAAACUGAAGUGCUCCGUUAAGAACUACGACUGGGGAAAGGUCGGCAAGGAAUCAACGGUGGCGCGAUUGUACGCCAAAAACACCGGCGAAGAGGCGGCGGACGACGGGGACAAGCCAUACGCUGAAUUCUGGAUGGGGACUCACCAAUCGGGGCCGUCGUACGUGGUUUUGCCAAACAGCGGCGCCGGAUUCGCGAACGAGGAUCGGAAAAAACAGAGGCACUGCGAUUUAGUAAGUCUCAAGGAUUGGAUUGAGCGGAAUCCUAGCGUGCUCGGUGACUUGAAGUCGGCUUCAAAUCUGCCUUUCCUCUUCAAGGUUCUGUCGGUGGAGAAGGCGCUGUCGAUACAGGCGCAUCCGGACAAGGCGUUGGCGGAGAUUCUUCACAAGGAGCGGCCGGAAGUGUACAAGGACGAUAAUCACAAACCUGAGAUGGCUUUGGCGGUCACUGAAUUCGAGGCUUUGUGCGGAUUUGUCUCUCUCGAGGAGCUCAAGACUGUCGUCCAAAACGUGCCAGAGAUCAUCGAAGUGAUCGGCAGCUCGUCUGCAGAACAAGUGCUAAAACUAAACGACAAAACCGGGGAGAACAUAUCGAAACAAGUCUUGAAAUCACUUUUCUACGAACUCAUGUCCGCAAGUGAGGCUGUGAUAUUUGAGGCAAUCGCAAAUUUGAUAAGUCGACUUAACUUGAAACACGAGGUGAGAGAGUUAACAGACAAAGAAGAGCUUAUCCUGCGGCUUGAGAAGCAAUACCCCGGAGAUAUUGGUGUUCUAGCAACUUUUCUCUUCAACUACGUGAAACUGAAUCCCGGCGAAGCUUUAUACUUGGGAGCAAACGAGCCUCAUGCCUAUAUACACGGAGAAUGCAUCGAGUGCAUGGCCACAUCAGAUAAUGUCGUACGAGCAGGCCUCACCCCAAAGGCUCGGGAUGUUGAGACACUCUGUUCCAUGCUAACCUACAAACAGGGUUUUCCGGAAAUACUGCACGGGGUUCCCUCGAAUCCUUAUACUAUGAAGUACCUUCCUCCAUUUGAUGAAUUCGAGGUUGAUCAAUGCAAUCUCCCCAAAGAAGAAUCUACUGUAUUUCCUGCAGUCCCGGGCCCUUCUGUUUUUGUGGUUGUGGCAGGAGAAGGCAAAAUAAGCACAGCCACCUCCGGGGAUGUGAUUACUGAAGGCGACGUACUGUUUGCUCCUGCAAACUCUAAGAUCACCGUGGAAACUGUUUCCGGUUUGAGUUUAUACAGAGCCGGAGUGAACAGCAGAGUUUUUGAGAGAUGAAAUAUGGGCAGCAGCAAGUGGGAGCUUUCCAUUCUCUUUUAUGUAAGAGUAGCAAUCAGAUUAGACUCAAAUCUGUACUCAUACAUUAUAUCAAGAAAUAAAAAAAACGAAAUAACGAGCGUUAUUGGCUUCGUCA